CGUGCAGUUUGGAUCGUUGGUGUUCCAUUUUUUAAUUGUUGAAUAUUUGCCGUACAAAUAGUGAAAAAUGGUAGCAAAUAAGCAGAAAGCUACCAAGCGCAAGGUCCUCACUUCGGUUGAAGUGAAAAAGAUAGAUAAAUUCGGUAAAAAGCAGCAUUCUAAGACCGCGGACAUUGCCGAGGAUGAAAGUGCCAGCGAUUAUUAUGAAUCAGAUGAGGGAAACUUGCUAGCAAACAUCGACAACCAGAACGACGAUGACAGCACGGAUUCCGAAGGUGAGAUCGAGGAAUCCGAUGACGAAGAAGUUCAGACAUUUGAAAGUGCAGAUUCUGACUUCGAAGAUCAAUCUGGUCAAGAGGAGGAGGAGGAGGAGGAGGAGGAAGAAGAUCAAGACGCGGACGAAGAGGAGGUAGACUCUGCGGAUGAUGUGAACAGUGAUAGUUCCCCCGAGCCCGAAGAGGAAGAUAGCGAUGAUGAUGAAUUGGAAUUUGAGGAAGAUCUACAAGAACCGGAUCAACCAAAAGCGAUUAAGGAUGUGGUUGGUGGAAGGAAAAAGACCACUAAAGAAAAACUUUCUGUUAGUGGUGAGGUAGAUGAGGAGGACGAAGAUGACGAUGAGGAAACUCGGGAACUUUUGGAAGCAGCUCAGAAAGAAGAUGAUAAACUUGGGGAAAUUGACGCUGCCUUGGGAAUAGUUCCCACUAAGACUAAGGGUGUCGGUAUUUUCCCUCCGGAAGCUAAAUCGCGAUUCAAGGGUGGAAAGAACCAAGAUGAAUACGCAGCUGGGGACACUUCGGAUGAAGAAGACAUAAGAAAUACUGUCGGAAAUAUUCCCAUGCAUUGGUACGAUGAGUAUAAGCAUAUUGGCUACGAUUGGGACGGAAAUAGGUUGAUCAAACCGCCGAAAUCGGAUGCCAUCGAUGACUUCCUUAAGAAGAUGGAAGACCCCAACUUUUGGCGUACGGUUAAGGAUCCCCAAACGGGUCAGAAUGUGGUCUUGACGGACGAGGACAUUGGGUUGAUUAAGAGAAUUAUGUCCGGAAGGAAUCCGGAUGAACAGUACGAGGACUAUGAGCCAUGGAUCGAGUGGUUUUCUUCGGAAGUGGAAAAGAUGCCAAUCCGCAACAUUCCUGAUCACAAGCGGUCGUUUUUGCCUAGCAAGUCGGAGAAGCACAAGAUUGGUCGCCUGGUACAUGCUCUCAAGAUGGGUUGGGCAAAGACUCGUGCCGAAACAGAGAAGUUGGCCGCUCAGAAUCGAGGACCCAAGUUCUACAUGAUCUGGGAGAGCGAUCACGCAAAAGAGGAAAUGCGUCGUAUUCACGAUCACGUGGUUGCUCCGAAGCGUCCACUUCCCGGUCAUGCUGAAUCGUACAAUCCUCCUCCGGAGUAUUUGUUUAACGAGAGAGAAUUGGCAGAAUGGAACAGUCACGAGGAGGAACCAUGGAAGAGGAAGCUUCACUACAUUCCUCAAAAGUUCAAUUCACUUCGAGAGGUGCCCUACUACGACAAAUAUAUUCGCGAGCGAUUCCUUCGUUGUCUGGAUCUUUAUUUGUGUCCCCGCGGUAAACGAACCAGGGUCACCGUAGGACCGGAAUAUCUUAUUCCAAAGCUGCCCUCACCGAAGGAUCUACAGCCGUUCCCGACCUUGCAGAAUUUGAUCUUCAAGGGACACACCGACAUGAUUCGUUCGAUUAGUAUUGAGCCGAAAGGAGAGUACCUGGUUACGGGCUCUGAUGAUCAAACUGUUAAAAUUUGGGAAGUUUCGACGGCCCGUUGCAUUAAAACUAUCCCGACUGGCGAUGUGGUGCGCUCGGUAGGUUGGUGUCCGAACAGCAAAAUAUCUCUCAUUGCGGUGGCUAGUGGAAAGCGUGUUCUGCUCAUCAAUCCCCAAGUCGGUGACAGUUUGAUCGUGAAGAAGACGGACGAUCUACUCGCGGAAGCACCCAAAUCCGAAACGGUGGACAACGACCGAAUCACCACCGCAGUUCAGUGGGUAGAUUUCACGGAAGAAGAGCAAAAAUCUGGUGUUCGAAUUGUGAUUAACCACUUUAAGGAAAUCAAACAAGUUACAUGGCACGCACGAGGAGAUUACUUUGCUACCGUGAUGCCCGAAGCUGCCAAUCGUUCGGUGUUGAUCCAUCAGCUGUCCAAGCGUAGAUCACAGUUCCCGUUCUCGAAGAGUAAGGGAUUGAUUCAAUGCGUGCUGUUCCACCCGGUGAAACCUUGCCUUUUCGUUGCCACUCAACGACACGUUCGAGUGUACGAUUUGGUUAAGCAGGAACUUCUGAAAAAGCUGUUUCCCAGCUGCAAAUGGAUUUCCAGCAUGGCAAUUCAUCCGAAGGGUGAUAACCUUCUAGUGGCAACCUACGAAAAGAAAAUGAUGUGGUUCGAUUUGGAUUUGUCCACUCGUCCCUACCAACAACUAAAAUUGCACUACUCAGCCAUUAGAAACGUAGCCUUCCACCUGCGCUAUCCUCUGUUUGCAUCGGCCAGUGACGAUCGCAGCGUGAUUGUCUCCCACGGAAUGGUUUACAAUGACUUGCUGCAGAAUCCGUUGAUUGUCCCGUUAAGGCGGCUGGAAAAUCACGAGCGGACGAAUGAUUUCGGUGCGUUCGACGUUGUGUUUCAUCCGACCCAACCGUGGCUGUUUUCGUCCGGAGCGGAUAAUACCGUGCGGCUUUACACGUAGGUCAAAUGAUUUCUUAUUAGCAGCGGUUUAAUAUUUGCAGUAGGGUGUCAUUCAUAUUUCUUUCAAAGUUUGAAAUAUAUCUUUACCGUAACUGUAAAA